GAUUGUCAGGCAUGGAGCAGAGCGGAGCAGUGCGGUGCGGGUGCGCUCUCAGCUCGGACACACAAACAGACCUGAAUUAAAGGGCCGCGACUUCACCGCUUAAUUUCAUCGGAACUGAUCGAAUUGAACUUUGCAACUCUUUUUGUAUAAAAAAAUAAUAAUUGAGUUUUUUUCCCUCGGUGUAACAGGAGCCGUGUUCUACACUCAUGUAUGAUCGAUUCCCUGCUGCUGUUAGCCUUCUCAGCUAGGGUAGAUUAGCGACAUCCAGUUUUUUCUGUCGUUUGUGUUCUUGAAAGAGUUCUCGUGUACCUUGAGAUUUGUAUUUAUUCAUUUUACAGCAGGUGCUUUUUUUUAUUUAUUAUUCCGGAGUCCGAUAUGCGGCACGUACCGGAGCCGCUUCGCCGCAACCGGAACAACGAAGCUGGAGAUGAAAUCGCUCAGCACUGAUUCGACCGCUUUCAGGAGAGACCACAGCAGAUUCUGGGUUUAAACCCCAGCGUCAUUUUUGCUUCGGACCAAAUUCAAUCAAGCAGUUGGAUAACGUGUUUGUUUUUUAAGCAAAGAGACUGCACGGAGAGACAGAGAGAGAGACAGAGAGACAGGGGGACAGCAACCCGCGGUGUUCCAGAUCCCGAGCGAGGCGACAGGCAUGGUAUCUCAGGGAAUAAGGCUUGCCUGGAUCUAAGGAAACGCACCAAGGCUUCCAUUGAUGAUUCCUCGAGGCUUCUCGCUACCGUAGAGCCUAAAAGCUUCAUCAUGCUGGCGUGCCUGCCGAGAAGACAGAACCAACCCGCCCAGCACCCGGCGUGUGCUGCCAAGAUCCUGGACGCUCCCGUCAGCCUGAAAAGUGAUCUGAGCUCAAUGCAGUCUCCACGGUACCCCUCCACUGCUGAGCUGGACGCCUACGCACAGAAGACGGCAGAUAGUCCGCUGUCUAUCAAGAUCUUCCCGUCCAAUAUCAGGGUUCCACAACACAAACAAAUUAGCCGGACUGUGAAUGGCUUGGACACGACAGGCCAACGCUUCAGCCCUUACUCUCAGCCCUACUCUACUGGCUACCAGGGCUUGCUGGCCAUUGUCAAAGUCCCCACUGUGAACAAAGGCAUAGUAAAGAGCUCUGAUGGCAAGCGGACUAAAUUGUCACCAAUUCAGAUGGCUGUGGCACCUUAUGCACCACCUAGCAACAACAACUUGGCCCACAGGCACAGGCAGAGGCCAUACAGCUUGGAGAUUUGCAAACCUCCUGAGGUGCACAAUGUGGCAGUGCCACCCAAUGUUGUGGUACCCGUUUCUGCUACAUCCCUCUCUAGUGGGCAAAGCUUGGCUCUUGUUUCUCACUCAGACCAUGCAUCCCUUGGCAUGGUGAGACAAAUGGCUAGGACAUCCCAUGCCCAAGGGAUUCAGGCAUCUGUUGAAGAUCAUUCCAGCCCAUCUCAUCAAGCAGCCACAGCCUGCUUGGAUUCCAGUUUCAGCAUGGACAUGGCCAAGACUACAAGCUACAUGGACACUAUGGAAUAUGCGAUAUGGCAGUCCAAGCAGCAGAGACAUCAACAGCAGAAGCAACACUAUCAGCAGGGUCCAUUACACAGGUACAGUGCCAACAACAGCAGCAGAGCUACUAUUAGCAGGUCUCCGGAAGUAUGCCUGCCCGCAGGUACCACUCAGAUCCCAUACAGGGCUCAUGCACUCAGCACAAGCAGCUGCGUAACGGGUGUGGCACUGGACCGAGUGGGCUCGUCACCUUUGAACUGCACUGCCACACAUGGUGAUUUCUCUACUGGUCAGUUCUUCGCACCUCAUUGGAACAGCACGCUUGCUACACCUGACUGUUAUAAUCCACAGGAGUUACCCCAAGGUUCGGUGGGGCUCGGCCACAGCCAUUGCCGGCCUCAGCGCCAAGCCCACUGUGUGCCACAGCAGUACCCAGGUCUCGGCAUGUGCUGCGGGCUGUGUCAUGCCUCCCUUCUCAGCAGCAGCCUACAGUCUCUGGAGUGCCUGAUCAGCGAGAUCCACCCACCCUGCAUCAAAGAGCGCAUGCUGGGCCGAGGGUACGAGGCCGCUCAGCCUGCACACAUCCAACUGCCUGUGUUCAGAUAGGGGGCAUCAAGUUCAACUUCAAGAAAAUCCAAGGUGGACUGAGGAUUUGGUGAUGAGCCAUAGAUUGGCUAUUUGGCAUGCCUAUUGUGGAUGUGUCUUUGGUAUAGGGCUCAGUGGGUUUUUGCAAAGUUUAGAAAGGUACCACUGAUUCUCGGAGUAGCUGGACUGACUUCACGUACUUCAAUAAGUACUCAUAUUCCACAACUUUGCAGCAACAGGGAUUUUGUGGCACCGUGCCAUUACGUCUCAUCCAAAUGAUCUGAAUGGAAUUGUUUCAGAUUAGCUGCCAAAUUCACAACAGGAAGCAAACUGCCCACUAUUGCAGGACAUUGAAACUGCAGGUCUGUUUACUCCAAAAUCUAUAACUAAACUGAUGAUAUAUGUUUAGUGUACUCUGGUUGGCAGAAAUUUGUAUAGCCCUGCUAGUACUAAAUCAUAAUAGUUAUGAUUUUUCUAAUUGCACUGUUAUAAAAACCUAUUAAAAUGACUCUGGCAUGGGUUGGUUCUGAGAACAUUUCAUUUUAAAACAAAACUUGAAUAUUUUUUUUUCUUUCUGUAUUAUGUUUGUGUCUAUCAGUAGACAGGCAUAUUUAUAAGAUUCUUUAUUCUAGUCUUUUCAUCUUUGUUUGUGACCAAUGCUGAUUAUAAUUUUUUUGUUUGAAUUGUUUUGUUUAUAACAACAUUGUUUAUAAUUUUUCUCUGUUUCUGGCGAGCUGAUCUGGUUGAUCGUUGUCUACUGUAGCCAGUCCAUUGUUUCUUUUUUCUUUUUCUCUUUCUUUUUUUAUGGCAUUUAUGAAUCUAAGAAACAGACUGGAAGCAUACACUACUGAGCUGGCUCCAUCAGCGACCAGAUGUGAAGCCACACAUUUAACUGUGACUAAGUCUUAAGAGUUUCGACUGCAUUUCAUUGUCAGUGUUCUACAUAUUUUAUUCAUUAUUUAUUGAUAUUUGAUUUUCUGUACCAUGUUAGAAGACACUACAAGGGUAUCUGAAUUUUGGAUAAAAAGAAGUGUGGGGAGGGGAGAAGGAGAGACAUUUAGAUUUUUGUUUUCUUUCAUCCAUUUGAAUGAAAUAGCUUGAAGCAGCAUUGGGGUAAAAUGGCACACAAUGGGCUAGAUGUUUUAAAAAGUGCAAUUAUAAUGUUGGCAGAUUAGCCCUUUCCCUACGUUAUGCUUCACUGACUAUUUACUACUGUAUGUAUGACUGUCUGGAACCCCUUCCACAAUUAAGAUUGUCAAAUAAAAUCUAAUUUAGGGAUGUUUUUUAAAA